UACAAAGUUACCGCCCUGAGAGACUGUUAGACCGAAAGUUACACGUUUUUUCGUACGCCGAACUCGGUCCAGAGGGUUAGCCCUGCUUAAUUUGUUGAUAAAUACUUUAAUUGAAUAAAGAAAUGCCGCUGCGGAUUGUAAUGCAGGGUCCAGGACCUUGGGGAUUUAGACUGGUUGGUGGGAAGGAUUUCGAGCAGCCCCUGACUAUCUCACGGGUAACCCCAGGAAGUAAAGCGGCCCAGUCUAACCUCUGCAUCGGUGACAUGAUUAUCGCCAUUGAUGGGGAGCCGACGGAAGGAAUGACUCACUUGGAAGCCCAGAAUAAGAUCAAGGGUUGUGUCGAAGAAAUGAUUCUCUCUAUAGACAGAUCAGAAUCAAAAAUGUGGUCUCCGCUCGUUUCUGAAGAUGGGAAGUCACAUCCAUACAAGAUGAACCUGGCAUCAGAAUCACAGGAAGUGAAACAGAUAGGUUCUGCUCACAACAGGAGUGCUCUCCCAUUCAGUUCACCUGGUUCCAAGGUGGUAACAAGCCAUUAUAAUAAUCCAGCGGGUCUGUACUCUUCCGAUAACAUCAAGGACUUUAACAGCACUGUUAGUGGUGCCAAGACCACUGUGACAGCCAGUGAACCGAGCAAAAAUCCAGAUAUCUCUAAACCCAUCCAGCCAAUACCAUCAAUUGCUGCUGACUCUGAGGUCUAUAAAAUGCUGACUGAGAACCAGGAAUCAUGUGAGCCUCCACGUCAGUCUGCAUCAUUUAAAGUCCUCCAGGAGAUCCUCGAGACUGGUGAUGUUGACAAACCUUCAGGGUUUAGAAGUGUGAAAGCACCCACUACCAAAAUUGCAACUUCUGUGGGCAGUACUGAGAAACUCUCCGUCUGUGACAAAUGUGGCUCUGGGAUUGUGGGCAUGUUUGUCAAGCUGCGCGACAAGUUCCGGCACCCUGAGUGCUAUGUCUGCACUGACUGCGGUACAAAUCUGAAACAGAAAGGACACUUUUUCGUCGAGGACAAGAUUUACUGUGAGAAGCAUGCACGUGAACGAGUGACGCCUCCUGAGGGUUAUGAUGUAGUCACUGUCUUUCCAAAAUAGAUGAUUCUCUGGUGAUGCCUAAAAACUGCACAUUUCCCUGUUUUGAGGAAUUUUUGUACCGUUGUAAACACUUCAUGGGGAUGUUUUUUUUUUGGCUGCGUCCUGUCAGUGUUUUGGAAAAGUAAACGGUUCAAGUAAGAUAGUCCAUUAGACUAAUUGCUUGCUCAGCAUAUCAAUGAAACUAUCCUCAUGAAGUGAUCCUAAUCUAACAUUCCAGUUUUGUAGACAUUCCAUAUGUGGGGAAAUGGAACAUAAGCACAUACUAUAAGCACAUAUGGUGCUAUGCUUCUAUUCAAAUUCUUGCAAAAAUGCUAAUAUUAAAAAACAAGAAGGUUCCACGUUGAAUAAAAAUUUGCACUUACAUAUAAAGGAAAGUGUGACUGCAUUACAGUGGUAAUCUCUGACGUUUCUGGCACUUUUACUGUAACAGAUCAUCAAAGAUUUACAUACCAAUGAUUUCAUCUCUCUGGAAAAGUGAAAAAUCUCAAUGCCUUAACCUUUUCUGAAGCUUCCAUCUAUAAACAAUAAUACCAGAUCAUUUCAUAAUCUCUAGUUUGGUUUCUUCAGGUCUUUUUAUUUCAAAUCAUAUAUUAUGUCCUAUUGCUUCCAAUAGUUUUACUGCAACCGUUGUAAUAAAUAUGACUGAAUCAUAUACAUUCCUUUAAUGUCACUCAGUUUACCUUCCACAUAAGUCAUUUAAACUUGCAGCACAAUGCAUAAAAUAAAACAAACUGUCUUAACAGUUCA